ACACUACAAUAUUUACAAUCUACUAAUGGUCAAUGACCAUGAUAACAAUAAUACUUGCAAAGGAUUGCCCUUGGCACUGGCCUCCCACAUAGAAAUUGUUGUCCUAGUAGCUUAACUUGUAGAUCAAAAUGAGGAGCAGUCAACCUUUUUUAACAGAUAAAUAUUGCAGAUUGUCAAAAUUUAUUUGGUGCAAGCACUGCAAGGAAAGAUUUUGUUAAAGAGAAACGCUAGCCGAAUAUCCUCCAUUAAUUGUUGGUUAAAAGAGAUACUUCCACUUCAACCAUCUUCGUAGUUAUUGAACAUUUUCUUUUAAUUUUUAUGUGACAUUUCCUCUUUCAUUUUAACAUGGAGAUGUCUUCAUCACCUACUUGGCUUAAGCAGCCUGCUGAAGGAUCAGAAGAAAAUGUUUGCAAGGCUUCUCAUAGAGAUAUCAUCAUGUUCUCUGAGGUGAGCAGACCCGUCACUAUCAGUAUGAAGCUGUUGGGUCUGUGGCAUGAACGAUCACCAUCUGGAGUCGCAGUUCAUCCUGCUCAACAAGAGGAUGAUGCGCAGUCACUACAAAGGAAUCAAUCUUUCAUCCGGAACAUCUUGAACAGACUCGGCUUCGUCUAUCAUGCCUUCGUUGUCCUAGUCAUGUGGUUUGAUCUCGUUCGUUUUCUCGUUUUCAUUGCCCCAACUUUAAACCUACAGAAUGCAUCUUACUUGUGCUGGUACGUACAAAAUGCCACAACCAACACUGUCCUCUUCCUGGCAUGCUAUAGAACCUGCAAGAUACAGCGCUUCUUCAGCUACUGGCAGAACCCCUCCGCCGAAAGACAUCGGGUGGACUUCGACCACAGGUCAGUCGACACGCAGUCUCCCAAGCCAAGGUGCAUGUUGCAACGGAAGAAGUUCAAGAAGGUUGGGAUCCUGGCUGCACUAGGAGGGUGGUUUUUCAUCCUUGGGUCGUACCCCGUCUCCAUGUACUUCACCUUCGGCUAUCAUGGUGAAGAAAUCCGUAUCAUGUGCUCGCCCUGGACAAGUGAUAUUCCCUGUGCUUUCCUGCAAGUCAUUUCAUUCUUUGCCUUGGCAUGCCACAAGUUCCCUGUUGUCUACCUUUGCCUCAUUUGCUAUGUUCUUUCGGAGAGAUUUGACUCGCUCACCAAAGCCUUCAAGGAGGAGAACCCCCUAGGUACCUGCGCAAGGGCUGAUGUCCUGGAAGAGACCCGUCGACAGCAUAACAUUUUGUGUCUUCUCACAUCACAGUGCGACUACAUUUUCUCUACACUUGUCGCCAUUGUCUUUGCCACUGACAUCCCCCUGCUCAUCUUUCUCAUGUAUGAUAUUUAUUUCAACAGCGACAGUUCAAGCACUUUUACUACUGCCUUGAAUGCCUACUGGGGUGUCUCAAAUAUGCUGAAUAUUUUGCUCAUCUCCUGGUGCUGUUCAAUGCUUAAUGAGAAGGCACAUUCAUUGCGGCGACAUGUCUAUGAACUUCACGUGGAUGCAAGUGACACCAGAAUAUCUCAUAUUCACCUGCUACUGGUUUCCCGCCUAAAUGGUCCAAACAUUGGGCUUUCAUUCAUUGGAUUCUUCACUGUCACCAGGAAUGUCAUUCUAACGAUUGCUGGUUUCGUGUUGACUUACUUCACUCUUCUAAUCGAUCUGGGGCCUGAAAAAUCUCAUAAUUUGUGCAGCAACGCGACAUCAAAUUUGACGUCAUAAACUUUUGGAAAUCAAUUCAUUAUUUAUUUUCAUCUAAAAAUAAUUCCCGUUGUGAUACGUUUAGAGAAGAAUUUAUUAAUAAUGCGUUAUUUUUUUAAAAGUAUACAGGGUAUUAUAAAGAUACUGAGGGCGACCCUCCCCCUCCCCCUCCCCCAGAAGAAAAAAACAAAACAGAGGGGAAAACAGAAAAGAAUUGAAGGCUGACAAAACGACUUCACCUCACCCCCCCCCCCCCCCCUUAUGAAAAUACCCUUGCGCUGCAACUUUAUGAUAUUCUAUUUCUAUUCGUUAUCUGUAGUUGAUCUGUAAGUUGAUGAUCGAAAUUGACUUAAUGCAAAACAGUGACGCGAACCGUUAAUUAGUAUGCUAUUAAACAAAUUACUGCACAAAGUUUGGCUGAAUUGGGGUACAUAUUUUGCUUUGAUAUUGUAUCCACGUUGAUGUAAGUUAUUACGCCAACUUAUUCAAUGUUUUUUUUUCAUGUACAUGUUGGGAUUGAGUUAUCCUUCCCCGUUAUCUUUUCUCGUUUUAUUCUUUAAGAAACAUGUCUUUCUAUAAAGAUAUAAUUUUAGUGUUAUUUUCUUCUGGCCUCAUGAUAUACUUAAAUGAUCGCCGUGAACUCAUUUGAUUAAACAUUAAUUAAAGUGAGCAAAAUACGA